ACUGCCGCAUCUCUUUUGUUGUUCGAAAAUCGAUAUCAAGUUGAGUUAAAGAUCGGUGUUCCUUUUGAAUGUACAUAUGUGUCUUCACAUCAUUUUCGUUCAUUUUUGUUUGGAUUUUCCGUUGAAAAAGUCAAAAUUUUUCUUGUUUAUAAAUUAGUGUGUGUCAAAAAGUAACUAAACAUUUAUUUGACGUAUUUGCGCGUUCCGUUGCCUAAACGCAUUGUUUAGUGCAUACGCGAUUAGUGCGAGCGAACGACGAACCUACUACGCCACGCACACGCUCCGCUCUCCACCAACAAUAACAGAGCAAACGGCUACGACGACAACGACGCCAAAUCGCGUUCGAAGAGUUUUAUUUGUUUGUUGCCCGCGAAUUCGAUUCAUUAUCAAUCUCGUACGCAGCAGGCAGCAUAGUGUCGGCCGGUGAUGCGUUUUAGUUCCGACGCGUCGUCAAACCGUCAUCACAGCUGAUAGCGAUGAAUCCAAAUCAACACAGUGGUCCCGGUCCACCGUCACCUAAAGCAAUCGCAACAGUUUCAAUGAAUUCAACGACAGGACAGCAUAACUCGUAUGUGGGAAUUGGUGUGAGUGGUGGUGUUGGUUACGGUGCGGUUGGCGUUGAUCAAGUUGACGCUUCGAUAAUGGCGGCAAAGACAUUUGCAACAAAGUGUGCAACAACAGCAACAACAACAGCCACAUAUGGCGGCAUGAAAAGUGCUUACGCGAGUGCAACACCCAAUCUGGGGACGAUGACAACAAUAACUACAACAACAGCAACAGCAACUAAUGGUAGUUGCAGCAGCGGCGUUAUAAGUGGUGGUGUUGGUGUUGGCGCUGACACGCCCUUUGCCAUGACAAAUGGGUGUGCCAACAACAAUAGCACUAUGAGCAGCGGCAGCAUUAGUAACAACAAUGCUGGCAACAAUCAUUCUUCGCCACCGCCCGUUGCGCGUACAAUCUCGUCAGAUCGUCUGGUGACGGGGCCUUCAUGCAAAGCACUCAGAACUGCGGUGUCAGCACUUUAUUCCGUUGAUGACUUUGUCAAGGAGAAAAUUGGCUCUGGAUUCUUCUCCGAAGUGUUUAAGGUGAUCAUCGUACAGCAAAUGUUUUGA